GCAUAGUGAAUAUCAGACCGGUAUUCGGCAGAAGGACGGACACUUGAAAUUCGAGAGUGUUUUUAUGAUUUUUACCACACUGUGAUAACGUAAAAGAUAAGUUUCAAGAGUGUUUUGUAAUGUAGGCCUCGUAAUAAGUCUAGGAAAUUGUGGACGAUAUUAUUAGCUUAAUACAGAAAAGCUAGUAAACGACAGAAAUAAAUAUGAAUUUGAAAACCUUUCAUAUAUAUGACAGGUAUAGGGCUUGUUACGUCAUAAUUACCGGAAAUUGUAAUAAUUAUGCCAUUUACUAUAUUUUACUUUAUAAACAGAGAAACUGUGUAGCAAAAGCAGUAGUUUUACCCAUAAACACGAUAUGGCUCCCAAUUCAAACGCUUUACCUGGUAUAAAUGACGCGGAAGUGAGCCCUUUGAGGGAAAACGAACGACCUGUUUGGUCAAGAGGGGGUACACUGGUCAGAAGACCGCCAGUUCGACAUUAUAUACCCAAACACCCGUUUUAUUAUUCAAGCACAGAAAUGUUUGAGACACAGAACAAGCCCAGGGCCACCUACGAAGCAGAUACAAAGAAAUUCGUGACGUCCGUGGCCGACAGUGACGCAAGAAGAGCGUUUUCAGCACCCGCGAGUCGAGUAACGCAUUCAUACCACAGUGUAAAAUCUACUGGGUCGGGAAAAUUAAACAGAGAAAAAACGUCGCGCAGUUCAUUACAUUCAAACAUUCCAACCCCGGGAGUUGUACCUUGGGUGAGCACGCCAGUUCCUGGCAUGCGAACUAUACAAGAUUACGACUUCUACAGGCGGACAGCCCUUGACCACAAGAACACGAAUAUCUAUCACAUAAAGUCAGGUCUACUGCCAAAAUUUAUGGGAUACGUUCCAGGAUUAAAGUUCCGAUACGGUUCAACGUUCGGGAUGCUUACUUAUAAUGCAAAGGAGGUCGGCGUAGAACGAAGCGCAACGUGGGGAGGUGCGGUGUCGCUUUUCUGAUGCUUUGACCCGAAAAACACGAGCUAUUAUGAAGCGACAAUUGUUUUCGUGACGGACAAUGCAUAUAGGCCUCAUACGGUCGGUCGAGCGCGCGUUGAUUGCUGACCAUAGAGUCGCAUCGUCAUUUUGAUCUGAAAAUUUAACGCAACGCACGUACAGUGCUUAUAAGUUGUAUUAGAAAAUAAUUUAAAUGUAGAAAUUGCACAUCGGAAAGGGGAAAUACCGCACAAAAUAUGACCGUCCGCUUUACUUUUUCUUGAACUUGUUGAACGGUUUCUUCCCGCCUCCAAACGGUCGUUUAGAUUUCAUUUUCGCUGAGGUGUCCGUACUUUUUGAGGUGCUGGCGUCGUAUUUUUCGUGCAAGAACUCAUACAGCUGUUUAAAAAAAUGGUGGUAAACAAAAUUAUUUACAAAAAUUAAUAUAUAACCGUAUCCUCACGACUUUAAAAUAGCGUUGUUGAUUGAUAAUUAGUAAAUGUGGGAUAUUGUAUGCUAACGGUAUUCAUUUCACCCCCCAGUAUUUUAUCCUGAGCUUGGCUAAUAGGCCGUAAUCAAUUGUAAACAACGAUUUGACCCAUUAUGCACUUACAUUUAUUCUAACUUAAUAACAAGACAAUAUGUUUUGCACAACCAUAAGUAAACUCAUUAAAAAACCUCAUGCUCACUGUCAUAAUUUAUCAGUUCAAUUAUGCAACUGUGAAUUUUUGGCCAAUAAUCGACCAUUUUA